AUGACGAAGAAAUUGCGAAUGGAAAAUAAGGACAUUAAAAAAUCACAAGAUUCAAUGAAGGAAGAAAUAAACGACCUAAAGAGAGCCCAUGAAGAGCUGCUAGAUGAUAUAUCAUUGAUGGAGAUGCGUCAGAAGGAGAUGGCCCUCCGCUUCCGAGGCGUCCCACAAACUCAUGAUGAACAAAUUCAAGAGAAACUAUCACAGGAGAUUGCAAACUGGUUGGGAGUAGAG